AUGUACCGACCCGUGCCAAUGAUACUCCCAUGGCCUGCCCCUGAGCGUGCUUUUGUCAUCAAGAGUUUUACCGAAGUCGACGUCAAGGUUUCGCUCACACACGGUGUUUGGGCAAGCACGGAAAAAGGCAAUCACCGCCUUGACAAAGCAUGGAUGAAAAGCAGUCAACGCGGGCCCAUCUAUCUUUUCUUCUCUGUGAAUGGGAGCGGCCGCUUCUGUGGCCUGGCGCAAAUGGUAUCUGGAUUAGACUAUACACAAAGCAGUAAUAUUUGGGCAGAAGGACAUCGCUGGAAAGGUCUCUUUCAUGUUCAUUGGCUCAUGACGAAAGACGUCCCUAAUUCCCACCUUCGGCAUAUCUUGCUCCACAACACGCCAGAACACAAACCCAUCACGCAAAGUCGCGAUACGCAAGAACUGCCAGUGGAUGCAGCUAUGCUGCUGCUACACAUCUUUCAUUCCCAUCACGGAACGUCGUCACUCCUUGCUAAUCAUCACAUACCCUCUCCAUAG